AUGAGGAUCUUCAGGACUUUGCUGAACGCUGCAUCCAUCGCCAAACAAAUCGACUUUUACUCCAGAUUCUCACCUUCUCCUCUCUCUAUGAAGCAGUUCAUAGAUUUUGGUUCAGAGAAUGCAUGUGCGAAAACAUCAUUCACGUUUCUAAGACAGGAACUGCCUGUCAGGCUGGCAAAUAUAAUGAAGGAGAUAGAUUUAUUGCCUGAUAAUCUUCUGAGAACUCCUUCAGUGCGCCUGGUGCAGAGCUGGUACAUGCACAGCUUCCAGGAUAUACUGGAGUUCAAGGACAGGGAUGUUGAUGAUGAAAUGCUCAUACAAGACUUCACAGAUGCUGUGAUUAAGAUCAGGAACCGUCACAAUGAUGUGCCCACCAUGGCUCAAGGAGUGGUGGAAUACAAGGAGACCUACGGGACCGACCCGGUCUCCAGCCAGAACAUCCAGUACUUCCUGGACCGGUUCUACAUAAGCAGGAUCUCCAUCAGAAUGCUCCUGAACCAGCACACUCUUCUGUUUGGAGGAAAGAUACGUGACAAUCCUGCUCAUCCCAAACAGAUCGGCAGCAUUGACCCCAGCUGUUGUGUCACUGAUGUCGUGAAAGAUGCUUAUGAAAAUGCCCGAAACCUUUGCGACCGGUAUUAUAUGAACUCACCUGAGUUAGUACUGGAAGAAUUUAACGUUAAAGGGCCUGAUAACCCCAUUGCUGUGGUGUAUGUGCCGUCUCAUCUGUACCACAUGGUGUUUGAGCUCUUUAAGAAUGCCAUGCGCGCCACCAUGGAGCUUUACGAAGACGCCAUGGAGUAUCCUCCAGUGCAUGUGCAGAUCGUCCUGGGCCACGAGGACCUGACUGUGAAGGUCAGUGAUCGUGGAGGCGGAGUCCCGCUGAGGAAGAUUGACAGGUUGUUUACGUACACAUACUCCACUGCACCUCGUCCUCAGAUGGACACGUCUCCAGCCACUCCUCUGGGCACAGAUGCUGUCAUUUAUAUCAGAGCUUUGUCCACUGAGUCCAUUGAGAGGCUUCCCGUUUACAACAAAUCCGCCUGGAAGCAUUAUAACACCAUCCAUGAAGCGGAUGACUGGUGUGUCCCCAGCAAAGAACCCAAGGACAUGACCACCUUCCGCAGCUUCUAGUCUGAUCUCAACGCUUGUGCUGUGCAUGCGCUCGCCAGACUCCCUCUCGCACCUUUCACCAGCGCACCUGCUUCUGCAGA